AUGGGGUCGUUCUUCUCUUGUUCAUCAUCGUCAAGCACAAGGGUGGUAGAUUAUGACUAUCCCCCUGCGUUAUACGACUACGAACAAGUUUUCGGAACCUCCUCCGACCAAAGCUAUGCGACAAAGCUUCCGCUUAACAGGUUAAUCGAUCCUAACAGAGGACACGAUCCCGUUGCGUUAACGAGGGAUCUCCGUUACCAGGAAGCUCUGCCUUCUUCCUGGACCUCUUCCUCAUCAUCAUCAUUAUCAUCAUCAAGCACAAGGGUGGUAGAUUAUGACAACGUCAAUGUUUUCGGAACCUCCGACCAAAGCUAUGCGACUGCGAGGGAUCUCCGUUACCAGGAAGCUCUGCCUUCUUCCUGGACCUCUUCCUCAUCAUCAUCAUCAUCAUCAUCAAGCACAAGAGUGGAAGCUCUCCCUUCUUCCUGGAUCUCUUCAUCAUCAUCAUCAUCAUCAUCAAACACAAGGAUGUUAGAUUAUGACUAUUCCCCAGCUGAGUUAUACUAUUACGACCAAGUUUUCGGAACCUCCGACCAAAGCUAUGCGACUGUGAAUGAGAGGGAUCUCCGUUACCAGGAAGCUCUGUCUUCUUCCUUGAAAUCUUCUUUAACGGCUGAGGUUAACCAUCAACCCCAACUUCAAAGGAAUAUUGCCACGUGUGUUACUAAUAAGCAGGAAGAAGCGGAGAUAAAAACCGAGAACGAGAACGAUCCGUCUACAAGGUUAUGUUAUUGCAUGAUCUGUAUGGAGGAUAAGCCUUCCUCCGACAUCUUCCGAGGAACCACUAACUGCACUCACUCGUACUGCACCGAUUGCACCAUCCGUUACGUGAAGACCAAGGUAGAAGAAAACAUAGGGAUGAUCAAGUGCCCUGACGUGGAGUGCACGGCUCUGAUAGAGCCCUACACGUUACGAGAUCUGAUCCCAGCGAACGUGUUUGAGCGUUGGGACAAAGCCUUGUGCGAGUCGAUGAUCCUGUCCUCGGAGAAAGUCUACUGUCCGUUCGAAGACUGCUCGGCGAUGCCGGUGGUGGACGACGAUGAUCAAGGAGGUAAUGAUGCUAGAGUGACGCAGACGGAGUGUCCGUCUUGUCACAGACUGUUCUGCGCUCAGUGUAAGGUGACGUGGCACGCUGGCGUUGGGUGCGCGGAGUUUCAGAGUUUUGGGAACACGACGAAGAAGAAUAAGAGUAGCGAUAAAGAAGACGCUAUGUUGAUUCGCAUGGCCAAAUCAAAGCAGUGGAGGAGGUGUCCUCGUUGCAAAACGUACGUCGAGAAACGCGAUGGGUGUGUAAAUUCGAAUUUUGCUAUGGUUGUGGAUCAGCGUGGACUACUUAUCUGGGUUGCCCAGUUUGUUCCAGAAGGCCCCAAAUCGUAA